AUGCAUUUGAGUCCUUCCACCUAAAAACGAGAUUCUCCAAGUGAAAUCCUCAGAGCAAGAAUGGAAAAGAAGCCAAGUGGUAGAUUUACUUUUCUUAAAACAUAAUAAGAAGACUCUAAUUAAUAAUAGAUACAAAAUAACAGAGAUCGUAUAAAAUUUAAUUUAAAGGGUAUUACAUAUAAAUAACAUGUAGGUUAGAUUUUGCAUAUUUUAAAUAAGCCAUAACCUGUUACAAAGGAUCAAAUUGAAGAAUUGCAAGAUUUAGGCAAAAAAUUAGAUAUAGAAAUUAAUUCAAUUGAUUCUGAAUUCAUAUGUCCAAAUACAAAAGAAUUUCAUUAGAAUUAUGAUAUUUUAGAAGUAUUGGGAGAAGGAUGUAUAGGAUUAGUUAAAAAGAUUAUUCAUAAAACGACUUAAAAUCUAUAUGCUGUGAAGAUUGUAUAGACUUAAGAUGAUGAAAUAAUUAGAAAUGUAAUAAAACAUUAAAUUUUAGAUGAUAAUUGAGUUUAAGAGUUUAAUUAAAUUGUCACAUGAAAAUAUUGUUAAAGUACAUAAAUUAUAUGUUGAUUUUGAUAACAGCUUCUAAUCUGAAAGUAAAGCAUAUGUAGUAAUGGAACUGAUUGAAGGAUAGGAAAUGUUUGAAGUCUUAAAUUCUUUAGGUCAUUAUUGUGAAGCAGAUGCUAAAGAAAUCUUUAAAUAAUUGUUAAGUGCAAUUGAGUAUAUGCAUAGAAACGGUAUUUGUCAUAGAGAUUUAAAACCAAAUAAUAUCCUUUGUGUAAAUAGUAAUAAUCAUUUUGUUAUAAGAUAAAAAGUAAAUCAAAGUGACUGAUUUUAAUGUUAGCAAAUUUAGUGAUUCAUAUAAAGAAUUUGGAGAUUUAAAAGAUAGAGAAAAAAUUGAAAUGUGGACAUAUACUGGAACAGUUGCUUUUUCAGCUCCUGAAAUAUUUACAGGAGAAGGAUACAAGUAAAUAAUGUUGUGUAUAAAAAUAUUAGUUAAAUGGUUGAUAUGUGGAGUGCAGGUUGUAUUUUAUAUUCAAUGUUAUCAGGAUAAUUACCAUUUAAUGCUGAUUAGUAGAUAUUUAUUUAAUUUUAGUCUUAAUGAUUUAAUAGAUAACAUAAAAGAAGCUAAGAUAAACUUUCCCAUUGAAUUAUUUGAAGGAGUUUCUGAAGAAGCCAAAGAUCUAAUUACUCAAUUAUUGUAAAAGGACUGGGCUUUCAGACCUCAUCCUGAUACUGCUUUAAAACAUGAAUGGUUUAGUGAAGAUUAAAAGUUAUUAGAAAGUCAAAGAAGUCUUUUGAAAAGAUUAAAUCAUCGAAAAAAUGAUCCUAGAUUAAUUUUAAAAUAGAGACAUAAUAAAAGAUAAUAAUCAAUUUUGUUAGGUUCUUAAUAAUUGAUAAUUAAUCUUCAUUCUAUGGAAUUAUAAUAGGAAACUCGUUUGCAAGAAACCUAACAAUAAGUGUCAAAUAUGUGUUCUAUGAGAUUAGAUUCCUAUCCAAAGAAAAGUUAAUUCAGUUUUACUGCUUAUAAGGUACCUGAAAAUGAACUCAGUAUUUAUUAAUAUAUGCCUCCAUCUUCACCAGAUAAAGAAAAUGAAAUAGAAAAAGUAGGAUUUUUUUAAUCUGGACUGUUGGAUCCCCUAAUGCAAACAUCAGACAGAUUGAAUGGAGAUGAAAAAAUUAAAAAUCUCGAAGAUAAUUCUGAUUAAGCUUGUUGA